AGUGAAUGAACAACAAUAAUAAAACCUCACUCCCCCAUAAAAAUCGAUGAUUUCUCCAACUUUUUCCAAAUGCCAUUUAAAUUCCCACUAACAUUCGACCAACUGUAGUUUUCCUGCUGCUCCUGCUCUUCAUCCUCCUCCUCCUCCUCGCAGUUCAGCUGCAAUCUUAGGGUUCCCCAAUUCUGAAUUUUCCUCGAAUGCUACUACUGCUAUUACUAUUUCUAUUGGAGAGUAAGAAGCAAUGGUCGCAUCAUCUAGAGGUUUUGCGCCCUUCGGUCUUGUUCGUCUGAGGAGUGGCGGUGAUGCCGCUAUUCUUGCUUCGCUGCAUCGUCACCGGGACGGGAAUGGAUUUCUGGACUUGCCCAGGAAGAAGAGAAGGUUCAUUCUUGGUGAAUGCAGCAGGCGGCGAGUGGUGGUUCAGUGCUGCUCUUCCGAUUCUGUGGUGCCAAUUCGGGGGAGUACCGGUGGGUCCAGGAAGAGUGUCGACAAGUGCUCCGAAGACUGGAGGUUUGAUUCUAUAAUCACUCCCAAUUAUCGACCUCGAAUUCAGGCUUCCCCUGCAUUGCCCUUCCCUUCUCCUCAGUCUCGAUUCGUGUCCAAACAAGAAAAAUUCUUCCCGCGCUGCACCCCAAGGAAUUCUGGUCCUCAGUCACGUGAUUCUCCACCAAAACGAGAUACGGGUAUUGCAAGUGAGAAAGAUUGGGGCAUCAGUCUGUUAAAUGAUAAUGUUAAUGAAUCUGGUACAAAUGAAGAUGGAAGUACUUGGUAUCGAGAAAGUGGAGAGGAUCUUGGAGAAAAUGGAUUCAGAUGUAGAUGGACGAGAAUGGGUGGUCAAAGCCAUGAUGGCACUUCAGAGUGGAAGGAAACGUGGUGGGAGAAAAGUGACUGGACAGGAUACAAAGAACUAGGAGUCGAGAAAUCUGGAAGAAAUGCUGAAGGGGAUUCAUGGUGGGAAACAUGGCGAGAAGUUCUCCACCAAGAUGAAUGGAGUAAUCUCGCUAGGAUAGAGAGGAGUGCACAAAAGCAAGCAAAAUCAGGUACAGAGAAUGCUGGGUGGUAUGAAAACUGGUGGGAAAAAUAUGACGCCAAAGGCUGGACGGAGAAAGGGGCACAUAAAUAUGGGAGAUUGAAUGAACAGUCUUGGUGGGAGAAGUGGGGAGAGCAUUAUGAUGGAAGGGGAUCUGUAUUAAAAUGGACAGACAAAUGGGCUGAGACUGAACUGGGAACAAAAUGGGGAGACAAGUGGGAAGAGAAAUUUUUUGCUGGCAUUGGUUCGCGUCAAGGAGAGACUUGGCAUGUGUCACCUGGUGGUGAAAGGUGGUCAAGGACAUGGGGAGAAGAGCACUUCGGAAAUGGAAAAGUUCACAAAUACGGUAAGAGCACGACAGGUGAAAGCUGGGAUAUAGUUGUGGAUGAAGAAACAUAUUACGAGGCUGAACCUCAUUAUGGAUGGGCGGAUGUGGUGGGAAAUUCAACUCAGUUGCUGUCCAUCCAACCCAUAGAGAGACCUCCAGGGGUUUAUCCAAAUCUUGAUUUUGGUCCAUCACCACCAUUACCUGCAGAUGAUGAACCUCCUGCUGCCCAAUCAUCACAAUGACAAGAAGCUGUAUUAUUUCUCGGUUAAUUUAUUUAAUAUUUAAUGAAAUUGUAAUUGGAAUUGGUGAAGACCCUCCUGUAAGAGACCAUUAGAACCCACUCCAGCAUUCAUUUUAUUCAUUCCAUUGAUUUUUUGCAUUAA